AUGGCUAGUGGAACUAAUAAUAAAUCCGCUGCACAAUUAAUGGCAGAGGCAAAUAAAAAGGCUAAAACAGCGAAUGGAUUUUUUCAACGUAUGCUUGGGUCAGGUAGUGGAAUAACCGACGAUGCUCGUGAACUUUUUAUUCAAGCGGGUAAUGCAGCAAAAGCUGAAGGUGAUUAUCCAACAUCUGUCGAAGGUUAUAAGCGAGCGUUGGAUUUAAGUACCGAGGAUUUCGAAAAAACUCAAAUGUAUGAGGCGAUUGCAUCGUCAUAUAAAAUGUUUGAUUUACCUCAAGCUGUAUCACCGUUAACACGUGCUGCUGAAUUAAAUAUGUCUCAAGGAAAAUGGACAAUGGCAUCACAAAUAUUGGAAAAAAUUUCAGAACUAUAUGAACAAAUGAAUGAUUAUGAAAAUAUGAUAAAAUGUUUACGAGAAGCAUAUCGAUUUUUAAAACAAGAAGGACAAAAAGCGAGUGCAAAUAGAGUACAAAAGAAAAUUGCUGAAACACUUGUAGUUCAACAUCAAUUUAUAGAAGCACAACAAGAAUUUGAAGAAAUGGCUCAAAAAGCAAAAGAUGAUGCUAUGCUUAAAUUUAGUGCCAAAGAUUUUUGGCUAAAAGCAACAAUGUGUGCACUAUGUAUUGAUGUUGAAAAUGCUAGCACUGCAUUAAAUCGAUACUUAAACGAUAAUCCAUUAUUUGAAGAACGAUCAUUGGAAGUACAAUUACUUCGCCAGUUGAUUGCUGAUGUUGAAGAACAAAAUAAGGAAUUAUUUCUAAAACAUUAUGAUGACACAUCAUUGUCAACAUUACGUACUGAUCGAAUAUUUCGUUCAAUGAUUGAUGAUAUUGGGAAAAAAAUCAAUGGUGAUGUUGAUCUUAAAUGA